GCUAUGGGGAUAAUCGCCGAGCUCCCUCCCAGUCUCAUGCUAGCAAAAAACUACAGAGAACAUAGUAUUAUGUUUUUCCUUGUUUAGAAGUUAAACGGUAACAUUUGGCACUGUUGCCCCGCUCGGUUCUCAUCGACAAGGCGUUGGAUUUUGUUUUGGUCAUUGGCGUUCGUGCUUCGACGUCGAGGUGUUUUCGUGUUUUCUGUGCGGAGUUUUUGGCGUUUUUGAAGAAAUCAGUGGAACUUUAGGUGAUUUUUAACUUGGGAUCUAUCGUCACUUGUUAUCGGGUAAUUCCUGCGCCAUCAUGCUCCUAGGAGUACUUUUGGUCGCUUUUGCGGUGUUUUCCGUGCGUGCUGAGGAUGAUACUGCCGGGCCAGUUUUCCUCAAAGAACCCCCAAACCGUGUGGAUUUCUCAAACACCACUGGUGCUGUGGUUGAGUGUAGUGCUAGUGGCAACCCGCCUCCCGACAUAAUCUGGGUCCGAUCCGAUGGAAGUGCCGUUGGUGACGUCCCCGGACUACGUCAAGUUCUGGCCAAUGGAAACUUGGUUUUUCCGCCGUUCAGAGCUGAGGACUAUCGCCAGGAGGUGCACGCGCAGGUCUACGCCUGUCUGGCCAAGAACAGCGUUGGAUCAAUUAACUCCAGAGAUGUUAACGUUCGAGCAGUUGUAAACCAGUACUACGAAGCCGAAGUCGUUUCAGAGUACGUAAUUCGAGGCAAUACCGCUGUUAUCAAAUGCAAUAUUCCGUCGUUUGUUGCGGAUUUUGUUCGUGUUGAGGCAUGGAUUGGCGAAGAUAUCGAGUACACUUAUGGAACUAACUAUGAACCAACGAAUAAUGUAGCGCCUAAAGCGGCCGGUCGCAAAAUUGACGGCAGCAUUGUCUUAGAGAUGGCUUACCUUAAAGACAUUGUAAUCCCAUGCGAUGUCACUGCUUACCCAGUCCCGAAAUGCAGAUGGUACAAGUUUAUCGAAGGAACUUCCCGGAAACAGGCAGUCACUUUGAACGACCGAGUGAAACAAGUGGCUGGAACACUGAUCAUCCGCGAAGCCAAGGUGGAAGACUCUGGAAAAUAUCUCUGCGUUGUUAACAACUCGGUCGGAGGCGAAAGUGUUGAGACUGUGCUCACAGUGACUGCUCCACUUAAGGCCAGCAUCGAACCCAAAGUGCAAACUGUCGAUUUCGGCAGGCCCGCUGUAUUUACGUGCAAAUUUGAAGGAAAUCCCAUCAAAACCGUCUCCUGGUUGAAAGAUGGGAGCAAAAUGGAACACACCGAUGCAGUCCUUCGGAUCGACGCGGUGCGCAAAGAAGACAAGGGCAUGUAUCAGUGCUUCAUUCGCAACGACCAGGAAAGCGCCGAAGCCACUGGAGAGCUGAAACUUGGAGGCCGAUUCGAACCGCCUCAAAUCCGACACGCUUUCAACGAAGAAACGGUCCAACCGGGAAACUCCGUCUUCCUCAAGUGCAUUGCCAGUGGAAAUCCUACUCCAGAAAUCACAUGGGAGCUCUACGGGCGACGUCUUUCCAACAAUGACCGGUUCCAGAUUGGCCAAUAUGUUACAGUGAAUGGUGAUAUAGUGUCUCAUUUGAAUAUCACCGGCAUUCACACCAAUGAUGGCGGCCUAUACCGAUGCAAUGCCAACUCGAAAGUAGGCAGUGCCGACCAUUCGGCCAGAAUCAACGUCUAUGGAUUACCAUUCGUGCGCUCCAUGGAAAAGCAGGCUAUAUGGUAGAUUGUUGCCGAUCAAUAGGAAGCAGAAAGUGUUUCCAAAUGGCACUUUGAUCAUUGAAAAUGUAGAGCGAGCCUCCGACCAAGCAACGUACGUUUGCGUAGCGAAGAACUCUCAGGGAUACAGUGCAAGAGGUUCUCUGGAUGUGCAAAUUAUGGUGAAACCGGACGUUGUCCCGUUUAGUUUUGGAAAGUCUCCCAUCCAUACCGGUCGAACCACUCAAGUCACCUGUCUAGUCUCCGAAGGAGACACACCUCUAAAAAUUUCCUGGAAGUUCAAUCAGAACCCCAUCGAUAUUCGGAGUAGUAUCAGUACGAUGAAAAUUGGGGUGCGAGCCAGUUUGCUUCUGAUCGAUGCUGUAAGCGAGGAAAACGCAGGCAACUAUACCUGCCAAGUAUCAAAUGCAGCCGGAUUAGUGGAAUAUUCCGCUUCCUUGGACGUUUAUGUGCCUCCAAGGUGGAUUUUAGAGCCCACAGAUAAAGCGUUUGCUCAAGGCUCAGACGCGGCCGUUGAAUGUAAAGCCGAUGGCUUUCCUAAGCCGGUUGUGACUUGGAAACGGGCAACUGGAGUCUCUCCGGGCGAUUACAAAGACUUCAAACCAAAUAAUCCCGAUGUGAGAGUCGAAGAUGGAACUCUGAUGAUCAAUAAUAUUCAAAAAACGAACGAAGGAUACUAUCUAUGUGAGGCCGUUAACGGUAUUGGAUCAGGCCUAUCUGCCGUCGUAUUGAUUAGUGUGCAAGCCCCUCCGCACUUUGAAGUGAAAUUCCGCAAUCAAACAUCCAGGCGUGGAGACCCAGCCGUGCUUCAGUGCGAGGCUAAGGGCGAGAAGCCAAUAGGAAUCUUGUGGAACAUCAACAACAAACGCUUGGAACCGAAGGGAGACAACAGAUACACGAUCCGGGAAGAAAUCUUACCCAAUGGUGUUUUGUCGGACUUGAGUAUUAAACGAACGGAACGAUCUGAUUCUGCAAUAUUUACUUGCGUGGCCACCAAUGCCUUUGGAAGCGACGACACCAACAUCAACAUGAUCGUACAAGAGGUGCCAGAAGUGCCUUAUGGAUUGAAGGUUUUGGAUAAAUCCGGCAAAACCGUUCAACUCUCUUGGGUUUCGCCCUACGACGGCAACUCUCCGAUUAAGAAGUACAUAAUCGAAUAUAAACCGAGCAAAAGCAACUGGGAAAAGAGCUCAGAACGGGUGCUGAUACCAGGAGAUCAGACCGAGGCUGGCAUUUUCACGCUUCGUCCAGCGACGACGUAUCACAUCCGAAUUGUAGCCGAAAACGAAAUCGGGUCAUCUGAUCCUUCCGACACCGUGACCAUAAUCACUGCCGAAGAAGUGCCCGGAGGCCCACCAACUGACAUCAGAGUAGAAGCUGAGGACCAACACACGUUGAUUGUCUACUGGAAGCCACCUGUUCGGGACCAUUGGAACGGAGACAUACAGGGCUACUAUGUGGGAUACAAACUGGCCAACACUGACAAGCCCUACUUGUUUGAGACUGUUGAAUUCUUGCGCGAAGAGGAACGCAAAGAACAUCACCUGAAGAUCACCAGUCUGAAGACAUACACGCAGUAUUCGGUGGUGGUUCAGGCGUUUAACAAAAUUGGCGCUGGUCCUACUUCCGAGGAAUACAAAGCAAACACUGCCGAAGGAGUGCCCGAACAGCCCCCAGACAAGGCCACCUGCACCACUCUUACAGCCCAGACUAUUCGAGUUUCCUGGGUAUCGCCUCCGCUUACUUCCGCCAACGGAGUUAUCAAGGGUUACAAAGUGAUUUAUGGACCUUCAGACAGCUGGUUUGAUGAGAAAACUAAGGACACCAAAAUCACCGCUUCAAGCGAGACGAUUUUGCACGGUCUUAAGAAGUAUACAAACUACAGCAUGGAAGUCUUGACCUACACCUCAGGCGGCGAUGGAGUUCGCACUUCUCCAAUUGCCUGCCAAACUGAGCAGGAUGUCCCCGAAUCUCCAACUGCCGUUAAAGCUCUGGUAAUGUCGUCUGACGCAAUUUUGGUCAGUUGGAAGCCUCCGACCGAACCCAAUGGCAUUGUGGAAUACUAUAUGGUAUACUACAAAGUCGCUGGGGACAAUGACGAAAAGCCGAAAUCGCAGAAAAUCGUCCCGAACAUCAGAAACCAGAAUCUCAGCUUCCAAGCCAAAGGCCUGGACAGCAAUCUGAAAUACGAAUUCUGGGUAACUGCCGCCACUACAAUUGGGGAGGGACAACCGUCGAAAAAAGUGAACGUUUCCCCCAGCAACAGCGUCCCAGCAAAAACUGCCUCGUUCGAUGACCGAUUCACCACCACCUAUAAAGAGGACGUAACACUGCCCUGUUUGGCUGUUGGAGUGCCGCCGCCUCAAAUCACUUGGAGCAUUAAAGGUGUCAAGUUCAAUGCAAACACCAACGAUCGCGUUCGUCAACAACCAGAUGGCUCUCUAUUUAUUCGGGACGUGACCAGGACUGAUGCCGGAGAAUAUUCUUGCAAAGUGGAGAAUGACUAUGGCCAAGACUCCGUUACGCAUCAGUUGAUUGUCAACGCGCCCCCCAGAGCACCACAGAUAUCGCUGAUGUCCACAACCACAAACUCUUUGUCGAUUAAAAUCAAGCCUCACGAAUCCGAUGGUGAGCAAGUCCAUGGAUACACGAUCCAUUACAAGCCCGAAUUCGGAGAAUGGGAAAACGUGCAAGUGGGGCCUGCUACCGACAAGUACACUUUGGAGAAAUUGCUUUGCGGCACUAGAUACCAACUGUAUGUUACUGCCUACAACAGCAUUGGAACCGGCGAUCCUUCGGACAACUUGAACCCGAAAACCAAGGGAGAAAAGCCCAUCAUUCCAAGCGCAGAUAAAUUCAUUGAAGUGAAUUCCAACAGCAUCACAUUGCACUUGAGUGCUUGGUCUGAUGGCGGUUGUCCAAUGCUCUACUUCGUGAUUGAACACAAAAAGAAAAUUAGCUCAGAAUGGAUCCAGGUCUCAAACAACGUUAAACCUGGCCAAAACUUCAUCUUACUGGACCUCGAUCCUGCGGUUUGGUAUCAUUUGAGAGUGACCGCUCAUAACAAUGCAGGAUUUAACGUUGCCGAAUACGAAUUUGCCACUCUCACCGUUACUGGGGGUACUAUUGCUCCGGCCAGGGACAUGCCCGGCAUGCGAAUGCUGUUCCCCUGGAUCCCCGACUGGGUUGAGUGGAAUAUCGCGGUUCCAGUGGCGGCCACAGUUGUGGUUGUGGUAGUCGGUAUAGUGGUUAUAUGUGUGGCUCUGUCCAGAAAAGCCCACGGCCCAUUGCAAACUAGACUGCGCAGCGACUGUAUGUAUGAUGUCGUCUACAACCAAUCAUGUAACGCUGCUUCCACCAUUGACAAAAGGCGCCCAGAUCUUCGCGACGAACUUGGCUACAUCGCACCACCUAAUAGGAAAUUGCCGCCAGUUCCAGGUUCCAACUAUAACACGUGCGACCGAAUCAAACGAGGUACCGCUUUAAGGGCACAUUAUCGCUCUCAUUCCACAUGGGACCCCCGCCAGCGCCAUUUAUACGAAGAGUUGAGGAGUAGGCGCGGAUCAAAUGAGACUGUUCAUACUCAUAGAGGCAUGGACGAUGAAAUCUGCCCCUACGCAACGUUCCAUCUAUUGGGAUUCCGAGAGGAAAUGGACCCCACCAAAGCUAUGCAGUUCCAAACCUUCCCACACCCUCAUGCUGGCACAAUGGGCCCUUCUGGCAUCAAUACGCCCCAUCAGAUCCAUUCGCGCAAUGGCUCACAAUCUAUGCCAAGACAAGGGAACCGACGUUAUGAUAGAGUGGGAUCUCAAGUGAAAUUCACAGGCAAUGGCAGCAUCUACUCGCCUGGACCUGAAUAUGACGAUCCUGCUAACUGUGCGCCUGAAGACGAACAGUACGGUUCUCAAUACGGAGGCUAUGGAGCGCCUUAUGACCAGUAUGGGAGUCGCGGGUCUAUAGGACGUCGUUCUUUAGGUUCUCUGAGAAUUCCCCCAACCAGCAGCUCGCCUGAACCACCACCGCCACCACCACGCAACCAUGAUCCCUCUUUCAACGACUCGAAAGACUCCAAUGAGAUUUCGGAAGCCGAAUGCGACCGGGACCAGCUAAUUAACAGUAGAACCUACGGCGAAGACGACCAGGUUAUGAGAGGUAACGCAAAGGAUGGCAUGACUCACGAGGAAAUGAGAAAACUGAUUGAGAGGAAACUAAACGAAACAGGGCAAACCACAGCCGCAAACGGGGGACUCACAGCCUACGAUACUAUGGCAGUGUAAUCUCUAAGCUGGAACAGCAGACGCAAGUAAUUUUAAUUUCUUUCAUGUUUAGCAACCACAUUGAACCAGUUGCCAUACUUCCGAAUCAAUCUUGGGAAAGCAAUUUUUCCAAGUAUUUUGUUUUGCUUUCGUGUGGUUGCUGGCUUAUAAAUUGCAAUAAAUAUUCAGUUGCAAUUGAUGAGACUGAUUAAUGUUACUGCAUAUCCAACGUGGGGAGGUUCUGUUGUGAAAAAAUGGUCACUGUGCUAGUGAAAAGUGAUGAUGAAUAUUUAUUGCAAUUCUACUUUAAGUUACGAUAUUACUACUAUUAGUUUUAACACCAAAUAUUAAUUAAGUUGCCGUUGAUUUGGGCUUCAGAGCCGCUAUUACAAAUACGUACACAUUUUGCCAGCCAAAGCUAAGGCUAAGGGUAAGAUUGAUUGGUGAAAAAUAAUUUGUGUGGUGUUACGUUACGUUUUUUCGUCAUUCGUUCGAUAUGUACAAAGUGGCUCAAUGUGUCAUGUGAUAUUUUUGUGGUUUGUGGAUGCUUGUUUUGGGAAGACGGUCUUAUACCAGUCCUCGAUUCGAUCCUUACUUCUAUGGAAACAUGCAGCGGCUGAUCUGCUACCGGUUACUAAUGACUGGUAUUGGACCGAAUCUGUCUACAGUUGGUGCCAAAAUUUUCAACAAAUUUGCAACAUUAUACCGAAACAAUUGAACCAACAUACUGUAGGCCUUUUUGAUUUUGUAUAGGUAGCUUAUUGUUUAUUUUUAUGCUUUGAUAGAUUGUUUUUGUUUGUCAUCUUUGGGUAGUUUUUAGUGUGGUUGGCGAUUUGAUUUUGUUGUUUUAAUCGUGCUAAACAAGUUUUCGAAGGUUGUGCAUCGCCAGCUAUAGGUAAUAUUAUGCUACGGAUAAAUUACUAUUGUAACAUAGUCUUCUUGAUUAAUUGCGAACAGUCUUGGACCUUUUCCGGUCCAGAUAGUGCUUCUUUUUUGCAGCGAAUGUUCGGGACUGUUGGCAAGUCUAUAUUUGAACAAUUGAACGGAUCGGUUGAUGCUUAUUAACACAUUACUUAUUAAGUAUAUUAGUGUUUACAACUUAAGCAUGCAUAUGAUAUAACAAAUGUAGGUGUUCAAACUAAAUUUUAGACGCAAAAUUAUGAUGAUCAAAUAGAUGUCGAUAUUGUAUCUUACUCCUACAGGCUAGAGAUUUCGCUUGACUCUUUAAACUUUUUAGGGCGUUAAGGUAAUGUAGAAUUAGAUGUUUUACUAAUUAUUUAUAGUGGCAUUUUAGACUUGUCUCCAUUUCUUUUUUGUUCAAAUUUUAAUCUUUUAAUCAUCAACUAUACAAUCCAUGAGAAUACAUCGCUUGCAUCACCUACUUAGAUUCAUUCAGAUACCUACAAGUGCGAGGUUUUGCAGAUCGCGUUAAUAGCUUCAAGUUCCUAUAUAGUUCACAUACUGAAACAUAUUUUAGACGUAGCUUAUUGUCAUUUGUUUUGUGGCUAGUCAACCGAACUUCCAGUUAAUUCUUUACUAUACAUUAAAGAAGAAACAUUUUUUAAAUGGUUUUGUAAUAUUUAAUGGUUGGAAAUGCCAUUAUCUGUGUAAUGUAAGUGUGCGGUAUAUAUUCAUAACAUGUAAGUUAUCUGUAAUAUUCUCUAUAAUCUUAUCAUUAUUCCUAUACUAGUGUUAUACCUGAUACGAUUUAUUAUGUAUAUUUUUUCUGCAAUAUUUAACCUUUUUAUAUUCCUUAUAUACAGUCUCUUUCUGACUAAAAAAAUUGCUUCAGUCUCCAUUUUUGUAUAUUCUUAUUUCGAAUUUAUGUGUUAGUGCAUAAUUUUUCAACCCAUAUUAAGAAAAGCACUGCAUGCUUAAUCCUACUUAAAUUAAAGCUUAUGUACCAGCCAUUUGAUUUGAUUAAAAUAUAUAAUUGAGAAAUA